AUGGCGGACUCGAUCGUUGAAGCCACUGCCAAGCUGCAGUUGGACCCCGAGACGGGUGAAAUGGUGUCCAAGAACGAGCUGAAGAAGCGGAUGCAAAAGAGAGCCAAGAAGGAAGCAUCGGCGGCCCGUGCAAAGGCUGCAGCUGCCAACCCUGAUGCCGCCUGCACGCCGAAGCCUGCUCCGAAACAGCCAAAGAGCAACCAGGAUUCCCAGGUCGACCCCGAAGCCAUGUUCAAGCAAGGCUUUCUGUCCGAGGUGUACAACGAGAGGCCUACAAAGGACGUCCUGACUCGGUUCCCCCCCGAACCCAACGGAUUUCUCCAUUUGGGCCAUGCAAAAGCUAUUGCUGUCAACUUUGGGUUUGCUAAGUUUCAUGGUGGAAAGACGAUCCUUCGCUUCGACGAUACGAACCCGGACAAGGAGAAGGAAGAGUACUUUGUGGCCAUCGAGGACACAAUAAGAUGGCUCGGAUUCACACCCUGCGACAUAACCUAUUCGAGCGAUAACUUUCAAAAGCUGUACGAUCUGGCAGAAAAGUUGAUCGAAUUAGAGAAAGCAUAUGUGUGCCAUUGCCAGGAAGCAGAGAUAAAGCUGCAGCGAGGCGGCAAGGAGGGCAAGGAGGGCCCAAGGUACCGAUGCGCGCAUGCCGAACAGGACGUGGCGACCAACCUGACCAAGUUUCGGGAUAUGCGAGACGGAAAGUACGAGCCCCAGACUGCAUUCUUGCGCAUGAAGCAGGACAUCGAGAACGGUAACCCCCAAAUGUGGGACCUGGCCGCCUACCGCAUCCCCAAGAACCAGACACCACACUUCCGCACAGGCGACAAGUGGAGAAUCUACCCGACAUACGAUUUCACGCACUGCCUGUGUGAUAGCUUUGAGGGAAUCACUCACAGUCUUUGCACAACUGAGUUUAUUCUCUCCCGGGAAAGCUACGAAUGGCUCAACCAUACUUUGGGGGUGUACGAGCCAAUGCAGCGCGAAUAUGGCCGCCUCAACAUCAGCGGCACGAUCAUGAGCAAAAGAUCGUUGCACGAACUUGUUGAGCGCAAGAUUGUGCGCGGAUGGGACGAUCCCCGUCUUUACACGCUGGGUGGUCUUCGUCGGCGUGGAGUACCGCCUGGUGCGAUCCUGUCGUUCAUUUCAGAGCUGGGCGUCACGACGGCCCAGACCAUUAUCCAGAUCCCGCGCUUCGAGCAGUCAGUUCGGCGCUACCUCGAGACGACAGUUCCACGUGUCAUGCUCGUCUUGGACCCCCUCCCCGUCGUUCUGGAGGAUCUUGGCGAUCUUGAGGGACAGGAGCUGGACAUUCCCUUCUCGCCAAAGGAUCCCAAUAUGGGCAGUCACAAGCUAAAGUUGACGAAGACUGUGUACAUUGACCGUUCGGACUUCCGGGAAGUUGACAGCCCGGACUACUACCGCCUAGCUCCCGGAAAGGUCGUCGGUCUGCUGCAGAUCCCCUACCCAAUCCGUGCAACAACGUUUACAAAGGACGCAAGCACGGGCUUGGUGACGGAAGUGCGCGCCGUGGUAGACCGGGACUCGAAGAAGCCCAAGACUUACAUCCAAUGGGUGCCUGAGGGUUCGCGCAAGGUCGAGGUUCGGAUCCACAGCGCCCUGUUUAAAUCCGAGGAGCCUAGUGCUGCGGAAGGUGGCUUUUUGAACGACAUCAACACCGAGAGCGAGACGGUUUACCCCUCGGCCCUCGUCGAGACCGGGUUCGAAGAGGUGAAGCGGAAGGCCCCCUGGCCGGCUACGGCUGGAGAGGAAAGUGGCGAAAAUGUGAAGCUGGAAAGCGUCCGGUUCCAGGCCAUGAGAGUGGCAUACUUUGCACUGGACUCGGACAGCACGGAGGACCACAUCAUCCUAAACCGGAUUGUCUCCUUAAAGGAGGAUGCUGCGAAGAAGAACUAA